AUGAUCAAUCCACAAGAGUUCAGUAUCAUCAACCCUAAGCGUGGUUCCAGCGACGCUUUUUACGAGAGGGUCGACUCAGUUCCAAUGUGGCAAAGGUGCCUACGAUAUCGACCUCGUUCCAAGGACUUGAGGGCUUUUAAUCCUCUCCGCGAUAAAAUUCGACAAAUACCAGGUUGUGACCAGGAGGUCUCCAAAGCAAGCCCUACGUCUAUUAAGGUCGCACGGGCACCGGGCACCGGAAAUUAUCCCCUUGCAUCGAAUCCAGUUCCUCGUGUACAGCCGAUCUCCCCAAAACCUCUCGAUCCAGCCCUAUCUAGGGCGUUUGCCAAAGAGUUCAAGUUUGAAUGCGGCAUACGACGAGCCGGGGAGCGCGAGAUAAAGGCGACAAAAAAGCUGCGAGAGUUUCAAUCCAACGGUACAUCCACUUGGGGUAUACCGCAGAUUGAUGAGGGUGCAAUGAGUAUCAAAACGGAAAAUUCAGAACUGAUUGACCUCGUAGACAUCUCGGAAUAUCAUAACCGUCCAAAAAGGAAGCCCGCCGUGCAAAAGCGAGCGGCAGACGGAAUUCAGCAUCAUCCUUCGCCACAUUCAGCCUCGACGCAUAAUUUGAUUCAAACGCUUGAGGUAGAAGCUUCAAAACAAGAGCAGGAGAAGGCGGCGGGAGCGACAACAUGUCUAGGUCUAUAUUCACAAAAAUCUAGUACACCAAGGAAUUCAAGACGAUGCGGGCAGGUUUGGGAUAGAGAAGAGACGGAGGAUAGAUUUCGGGCGAUGAAGCUACUAAAAGACUCGCUCUAG